GUUCAUCGCCGUGCAAACAGCCGAUAAGGUUCCAGGAAGGCGAUAGAGGGCUUAUCGCAGUGUUGCUGCGCACGUUUCUUAUCAUUAGUUAACAAUCGUAUAUAUUGCGCUGGGGUCUCGGCCUGGCUGGCAGUGAGAGGGUAACCCGUUCACCACCUGCAUACUUAGCCACCUGCAUACUAAUACCUGGCCAAGAGUUACUAAGCCAUCGCCAGCUGCGUGUUCGUUGCUGGCCCAGAACUACAAAGGAGUCACCACCUGCACACUGACACCCGACCAAGAGUUUUACAGAGGUUCGCGUGAUGGACCAACACCUCUACACCACAGAGGGGCCGCCGCCGAACACCGUCCUUUGGCGUCCACCGGAAGGCGGCAGCGUUGUCCUGAAGGAGAGACACUACCAACCCUUUAGCCAAGUCGUCCGCACUCUCCACAUCCCAGACGCCAUAGACAUCUGUGCAAAGAAUAUGAUCGCACCAAAGCCCAUCUAUUCCAUCAGCACCCUGAAACCCAAAAUGCUGCAUUGGCAAAGAUCCCAUCCCUGCAGGUACCUUCACAUCCUGUGGUUCGGCGCCAAGCUGGAUGGUGAGAAUGAAGAUGCCCACGAAUGGUAUGGCAAUGUUGAGUUCGCCAUCCCAAUAGAUGUUAUGUUACAGCGUUGGAAGAACCUUUACUUCGUGGAGAUGGUGCAGGCACCCACGCAAACUAUCACACGCAUUCUGGUCACCAAUACCGACUACUCAUCCGUCUUGCCUUCGUACGACCCUCGCACACCAGGCGGGCCGUGGCGCCUCACUCCGGACGGCCGACACGAGCGCCUGGUGGACUGCCGCCGGUACAACAGCAAGGGUUAUAACAGGCACGGCCACACCCUUGAGUUUAUGAUUGAGGUAACACCCUUUGGGAUGAGGAAGAUCCUCGAUGAGGUGACCAUAUCCUUCAGGAACCACCACCAGGCGUUGUCUGGGGGUCCUCACGUCUGCCACAGGUUUGGAAAAACUCGCACGUGCCCGACGCCCUUCAUUAAGGACAAAAGCUCCCAUUUAUUCUUCGAGGAACAUCACCGCCUCAUCGGCCGCCAGCCCAUGGCUACUACCCCCAGGCUGUCUCCGAGCGCCGAGGUGUUCCUGCAACGCUUCCUCGCCGCUGAGGAGAUUCCAAGAAAUGUUCUUCAAGUGCAAGUUCCGCCGCCGCUGUCGGAACAUGACUUCCCGCCAGUCGGGGCACCGGGUCAAGACAGCGUCAUCUUCUGCAAUCUCCUGCAGAAGCAAGUUCUGAACGGAGAAGUCAGGAAGUGUCAGUUGGUGUUCGGGUUCUGGGACGAGAAUGUGUUCGGCAUCAUUUCGGACUCGAUAUGGAAACCAGACAAGGAAAAGGAGAAGGAAAAGGUGAUCAUGAAGCUCCCCCAACACCGCCCCAACAAAAUGCAGCCGCCUCCCCUGCCCCACGCCCCUCCCCCCGGCUAUCCACCGCUCUUCACACCACAGGACUUCCCACACCUCGCCACACACUCCGGCAGUCCACCCCGCCCUACACCCCCGGACUAUCCACCCCAACCCCCACCAUCGGACUUGCCACCCCUCUCCCCACACCCCGGCUAUCCACCCUUCCCCACUCCCCAGGGCUUCCCACCCCUUCCCCAACCCCCGGAUUUUCCACUCCCCCCACCUCCAGGCCUUCCCCCCCUCCACCUCCCUCCUCCUCCCAUGUUCCAGCCGCCUAUGUUCUUGAACAGCUGGGCGUCGCUGCAGUCCAUCUUUGUGAGGAGACAGAAUUAAAACGGUUCAGCCACACAUUCACACGCAAUAAUUGCAGUGGAAUGUUGUACCAAAAAGACGUCAUAUGUGAUAGAAGCAUAAAAAAAAUAACAGGCGUUAUUCUGGGAUGAAAAAAUCAUCCAAAGUUACACCAAAUAGCUGUGCACGGGUUACAGGGGAGCACUGCCUCUCAGGAGAAGCUGCCUCCAGCCGACCAUCGGGCCCACAGACCCGAGCAGCCCCCUGAGGGAUGGUAUCAGAGCGUGAUUGAAUAAUGAAUUUGGCUCAAUCCUGUAUAAAUGUAGAUAGGCACAAGAAGGUGAACACACACACACACACACACACACAGCUCCGAUAGCUCAGUGAACUAAGGCUCUGCCGUGUCAGGCUGUGGCCCGACAGACUGAGGUUCGAUCACCGCUCAGGCAGAGAUAUUUCCGCGAUCAAGGAGUGGUUACUCUCCCCCCUUGACCAAGGACUGGCGAUGGCGAGUCCAGCUCAUGGCCAGGUCAUGGUGAGUUACACACACACAUUAUUGUGCGCUGCAGCGUUGAUCUCCCUUUUCUUUACGGUCACGGGCACGGAUCAAGGGCUGCAAAAGUACAACAAAAAUAUCGAAAUAGAUGAACCGCCCGCGAGAUGUUGCUCGGGUAAAGAAAGAGAGAGAGAGUAAACCAGCACGUAUAUAAUCACAUGUUUUAGUACUCCCUUGGUUCUGAGUGAAGUGUGUCUGAUA